AACUAGACAAUAGAAUUUGCCGUGAAGCGAAGACCGAAUGGCGCCCAAGUUUGUUAGUAAAUUGUAAGUCACGUGACCAGCGUUUACGAAUAUGGCGGCUUACGAAAAUUUUCAACAUGGGUUCCAAACACUUCUUAUCCCCCCAUUAUGAUGGUGUAGUUACUGUAAAUUGCGAUUGUAGGGUGUAUUUUAUGGUGUCAUAACUUCUAAAUUGGUGGAAAAUGUCGACAAGGGGCAGGCGAGCAAGAGGCCGACCUCCAAAAACCCCUUUGUCGUCGAAUAGACCAAGAACAAGCAUAAAUUUCUUGCGCAAACCGAAGGCCCUUCAAAACAAAGAUGAAUCUAAUAACAGUUCAAGAUGUAGUACGCCAAUUAGCAUUCCAGGGACUCCAACGAGAAAGAAUAACAGAUUUGGUACUAGAGAAUCGACUGGUAGGGGUAGGACCUUUAUUUCACGUGUUGCUUAUGAUGAUGAAGUGGACGAGGCAUCCAGAUCAAGUAUGGUUUCUGAGGAUGGUGUUAUUGAUGACUUUGAAACAAAAUCUGAUCUUUCAGAUGAUUCUUUUGAAGAUUCUGAUUCAGACUUUAGUGAUAAUAGCCUCAGUACAGUUGCAAGCUCUGUUGGAAGGAGGCAUUUUUUUAUUCGCCGUCCAGUAUCCCCAGAUAUUGAUGAUGAGUCUGAAAUUCCACCCCUCAUCCUUCCGUCAAGUUCAAAUGAUUUAACAAUUCCUAAUGAUUAUUUGAUGCAAUGUCUUAGCAUAUAUGAAGUUUUACGACAUUAUAGAACUAUUUUAAGGUUAUCACCAUUUUCAUUUGAAGAUUUCUGUGCAGCUUUACUUAGUGAAGAACUAUGUAUUCUACUAACAGAAAUUCACAUAACCUUGUUGAGAUCCUUGAUUAGAGAAGAAGACGGCAAUAACACAACAUUUGGUCCCCAAGAUACAAAAGACAGUGUUAAUAUUGCAUUAUUCCAUAUUGACACAUUUACAUGGUCUGAACUCAUACGUUCCUUUCUGGAAAGUGACCGACAUUCUGCAGAUUCAGAUUAUGAAGAAGCAAUUAAAUCCUUAGAAAUUCCAGAUUAUCCAUUUGUUCAGCUACCAGAGCGUAUGAAAGUACUAAAAAUUUUAACCGACUUAUUUCUGGGUUCCAAUAGUGUCCGUGAAGAAAUCCUAAAUGAGGGCAAUAUACAGUAUGAUGACCACUGCAGAGCAUGUCAUAAAUUAGGAGAUUUAUUGUGCUGUGAAACUUGUUCUGCGGUGUACCAUUUGACAUGUGUUGAGCCUGCCUUAGAGGAGGUUCCUGAUGAAGAUUGGGUGUGCUCUAUUUGUAAGGCACAUAAGAUACAAGGAGUAACAGAUUGUAUCUCUGAAGCUGAGAAAAGUGGGAUACUCUGUCGACAAGAACCCAUUGGAUAUGAUCGUCAUCGAAGAAAAUACUGGUUUUUGAUAAGGAGAAUCAUUGUUGAGGGGGACAAUGAUGUUUGGUACUUCAGUACAAAAUACCAGAUAGAUGAACUGUUAGAGGUUUUAGACAAAAACAAGUAUGAGAGAGACCUUGUUAUGUUUAUUAAUGAGAUGAGGGACGAGAUGGUCAGACAGAUGAUGAUUACAGAGGAGUUGACCAAUGCCAGUAAAGGAACUAGGAAGUCUGCUAUUGAUAUGGAAAUAGCUAACUUAACAAAAGUGCAAUCAGAAAGAGUUAUUCAGAAAGAACAAGAGGAAAAGGACAGAAAGGCAAAAGAAGAAGAAGAUAAAAGGAAAGCUGAAGAAGAAAGAAAGAAAACUGAGGAGCAAAUAGAAAAAGGAAAGCAAAAUCAAGAGGAAAAAGUGGAAAGUAUGGAAGUUGCUGAAGAAAUUUCUGUUACUACCACAACAACUUCUGCUUCUAAUUCUUUUACAUCGGAAGCCGAGAUUGAUAGUCAGACUAAAGUGUCAAUAGAAAAAACUGAAGUGUCACAAACUACUACCACAACCAGUGUCAAAACAGUCACUUCUUCUAACACUGUCAUAUCAACAAGUUCUAGUGAUACUAAAUCAGACUCAGCAACAUCAUCAAAUGGCGCAAAAAUCAUAAAAAUUACUCCUGAAAUGUCUGUGGAAAUCUUCAAAAACGCAACUGCUAAUUCAUCAGGGAAAGUAAGUGAUUCUGCAGAAAAAUCUGAACCAACAGGGGAUAAAAAAGAGGAAAAUAAAACAAUUAUGAAUGUACAAUCUCUUAUACCUAAUGUAAAAUCUACGAUUCUAAAAGUUCAGGAUGAUUCUAGCACGCCACAGAAACAGACUAUAAAACCAACAAUAUUCAAAGUUCAAGAUGAUUCUAGUUCUGCUCAGAAACAGACAAGGACAGUGCUAAUUGUAAAUAGGGACGGUAACAAAGUGACGUUAGCCGUCAGUAAACAGCCAAUCACUGCUGGCGAUCAGAAUACUCCUACUACAGCCAUGUCUCUAUCUCAGUCUAUAAGUAAUGCUCUCACAUCUGUAACAUCAUCAGAAGGUAGAAAAAUUAUCACCAGGUCAAAGACUGGAUCAUUAACACCUAAAACAUUUACAGAUUCUGUUACAUCAACUACAACUUCUAAAUCUAUCAGUAAAUCAGGCUCUGAUGAUCUGUUGGUCAUCAAUAAAGACGGCGACAUAACCAGGAUAACACAUAGUAAAAGUUCAGUAUGGUCAUUGCAAUCUCAUCAGUACUUCAAAUUAGGCAUGGAAUGUAGUUUCAAGAACUAUUCAAACCAAUAUUCAACCAGUACCCUUGCACUGAACAAACAUCAACAUAAUGAAGAAAGAGACAAAAAACGAUUUCUAUCUCACAAGUUUAGUCUAACACCUUUAAGUGAAUUCAAAUGGGGUGGAUCUUGCAACGGUAGAAAAACUGUAGUACUACAGACAUUAGUGACGACAAUUACAAACUUAGAAUCUAAUCUUCCAUCUGCUUUAUUACAUCCUAACUGGCCACUUCAUCGGCAGAGUUGGGCUAACGCUGUACAAUUAUGUCGAACUCCUAGUGAUUUUGGUCUUGCACUUUCCAUAUUGGAAAGUUGUAUGAAGCCAGUUGUAUUCAAUCCAGUAUGGACAGAAGCCUUAGGACAUUCAAAACUGAUGAAAAUUACUGCUACUGAUAGGGAAGAGCUGAAGAAAAAAGAAAAGGAAAUCAGGAAACGAAAAGAGGAGGAGGAAGAUGCUAGACCCUUAGUUUGGAUUAAAUAUACUUUAGGUUUAAAGCAUCAGGUUUGGAAGCAGAAAGGUGAAGAAUAUAGAGUAACAGGGGGGCAGGGAUGGUGUUGGAGAAGUAAAACUAGAUCUUACAAGUAUGUACCACAGGAGACUGUCGGACUUAGAUCUGUGGCAAAGAAACUGCAAGCUAGAAAACGCAAGAGUGAAAAAGAUGGGGAAAGUGUUUCAAACCCUGAUGAUCAAUCAGUAUCAGUCAAAACUGAAGUUAAAAAAGAGGAAGUUGAGGUAAAAACUGAAGUGAAGGAAGAAAAUAUGGAAGUUGAUAAAGAACAGACGGAGAUUGUGGUGAAAAGUGAAAGUCCGAAAGUAGAAAGUCCUGGUAGUCAGGAAAUUAAAACAGAAAUAAAAACAGAGCCACCUUCUGUUGUGGAAUCUCAAGAUGGUGAAAUAUCUGGUGUCGAAAACUCAGGGAAUGAUAGUGGUGAAAUGUGCAAUACUGAUGAACAAAAAGUAGAAACGAUGAAAUGUGACACAGGUGAAGGUAAUCAAGUGAAAGAAGAAAUAGAUGUAGACAUAAAAAGUAGUCCGAUAAAAAACGAAAAAGAUAUUGACAUUGAAAGCAAUAGUCCAGUUAAGAAAUUAGAUGUUGAAAAUGGCAGCCCAGUUAAAAAAUCUGAAUUGGAUGUUAUACUUGUAGCUCCAAAAAAGCAUAGGAGUGAGUUUAACAUGGUUAAAAAAAUGGAGAUUGAAACCGUAGAGGAGAAUGACGAGAAAAAGGUUAUUAGUGUCGGUAAUAAGAAUCAUACCGUAACAAUCAAUGUGGCAGCAAGUAAAUUACGACCACCUAUUUUACAUAUAGACACUCUAGAUGUUAGCAAAGCUCUAAAUGAACGAUCUUUUUACGACAAAAUAACAAAACCUUAUGCAAAACUUGACAUGCUGCUUGCUAAGAGAACCAAACAGGAUGAAAUUGAAACAAAACAAAGGCAAGCAUUACAGCAACAGAUUAAUUGGAAAUUGAAAAGUGAGUUGAGUCCUGGUGCAAAGGAGGAUGAAAAUGAGGCUGAAAACAAGGAAAAAACCGAUACUGACGAGUCGGACCAUGACAUAUCAUUACAUCAUGAUGAAUCUUCACCAUAUACAUGUUAUUCCUAUUUAUGUCGUGGACAAGGGAAAAGUAUGUGUUACUCUCCUCUCUGUAUUCAUAAUAGGUCUCUUGAGGAAGAGUUAACAACAGGUUUGGAAGACAGUACCCACAAAAUGGAAGAAGAUGAAGAUGUGGAUGUUGAGGGAGAUAAAGAUGAAAAAAAGGACGAAGACAGGGGAAAGGAUGGAAAUAAAAAUGAGGACAAAAUGGAUGUUGAUGUCAUAUCUACAGAGGAUGGUAAGACCGAGGUUAAAAUGGAAGUGGAAGUUGGAGAAGAAAAGACCAAUUUGAAUUCUUCAAAUGGGGAAAAGAAGGACGUCCCGUCUGAAUCUAAAACUGUAAAGCCAAUUGUUGAUUCAAAAAAGGAAGAUGUGAAACAAAAAACUGGUGUGAAUAGUAGUAUUCCACCACUCUUGCAAAAUAAAAAGAAUCAGGGGUUCUUUACGGGUGCACAGCUAGCACUUAAACAAGCAAUAGAAAAAAUGAGUAUAGAUGAACUCAGAACUAAAAUGCCUCCAGUGAGGAGCACAAAACAUGAAAUAAAGUUAAUAAAAUAUUCUAGAUUUGGACAAAAGGUGAAUAAAAAGAAAGCCAAUUUACCUCAAUGUCAUAAAUAUCUAACUCCCAGUGGCAAAAAGACUAUGUUUGCUUUAGAGAAGCAUGAUCUCAGAAAGUUAGCCAGAAAAGCUGGCAAAACAGAGACAAAAGCAUUCAACUACAAUUGCAAAAUGAACAAUGUGAACUGGAUUUAUCCAUGUCCUCGACCAGUUUUUAAAACUGCUUGGAAAUACCGGACACAAACGGUAAAAACAUUUGGAUCUGUUGCAUUACAGUUACGUAUUAUGUAUGUGUGUCUGCGAUGGGAUGAUAUCUCCAUAAAACCUCCAGUAGGAGGUACUAACACUGUGUCGACUGAGAGUGAAAUUACAACUACUGAACUUCUCAAGCGUAGAGAUGUAGGGCCUCAUAUGCUCAGAUCUGAAUUUCUAGUCAGGAAAAUUGUAGUGCCUUUAGGAAUUACCUCUCAACCAAAAGAAAAAUACACACCUCAGAGAAGUGGGUUGAGAGAAAGAAAGAGGGCUGAAUCUCCAAAACAUACUGAACCUAGUGUUACUGAAGUCUGGACACCAGAAGAGGAACUGGAAAUCUGGGAAAUCAAACAGUUUGGUGAAAAACUUGCCAAACAAAGAGCUGCCCUAACAGAGAAAGUAAAUAUAGAACAAGCAAACCAGACAGCAGUCAAUGCGGCACAGCUCAAAGCCACGUUAGAAGUUCAACUCAAAGCACAGCGGCUAGCAUUACAGCAGAAACGACUGUUAGAAGCUCAGGGUAAAACAGCCGACUCUGUUUCCACUACACAAUCCAUCAUCACAGCUACAUUGUCCAGUUCUGGGGGAGGUACCAUCAUCAAAACCAUUGGUACUACCACAGGAUCUCUCAUUGGUACUGGUCCAACUAGUAUCCUGAAGAAUGUUCAAGUCCAACCAAAGUCACUUCUGUCACCAUCAGUGACAUCAGCAAUAUCCUCAACCACUCCUAACCAGCUGGUUAAGGUUCAGUUACCAAAAACCACCAUACAAAUACAACCAACUACUAGGCUGGCAUUAGCUCCUAAACCAGGGAUGGUGGCCACCACAAACACAACCAGUACCAUGCCCACUAGGAUAGUCAUACCAGGGAAUACAGCAACUGCUGCUACUUCUGCGCCAAAGUUAGCUGUCAAUACAGUCAGACCAGCUAAUGCAAACCCAAGCAACCCUGGAGGCCAGGUCCAAAAUCUCCAAAUAAUACAAGGACCAUCUGGACAAUUACAAGUCAGAGGUCUAUUACCAGGGCAGCAAAUCAUCAGGUUACCAGAUGGAAGAUUGCAAUUGCUCACAAUGCCAAACCAGCAAGCCACACAGGCCACCACUCAAGCAUCAGUUGUGCCACAGGUAGCUGUACAGAAACAAACUUCUAUACUAGUCAAUUCUCAAUCAUCAACAUCCAUACCUACAGCAGUAGGAUCAACUCCACAGCUUGUCAUCACAUCAAACCAACAAACCCUUACAUCACCUUCUAGAGUCCUCAUACCUAGCCAACUACAGUCUAAUGUCUCAGGGGCAGGUGGUGUUGUUUUAGCUAAACCCAUGACAGUAGCUGGAACACAGCUCAGACAACCUGGUCAAGUUACAAUAGUAUCUCAGGCAGCAACCCCCGGUCAGAUUGGUCUGACUGGUUCCCCAAUGAAAACUAUAACAGUAGCUAGACCAGCCACAGCUUCAGCUAGCAUAGCAAAGAUUGGUGGUCAACCAGUUAUCAUUUCUCAGUCUGGUGGAAGUUCUGCUCUUUCUGUAGCUAGCGCUUCGUCUCUGACAAAUGCAGCCUCAUCAGCCAUUAGACAGGUGAUCAUGACAACACCACAGAACACACCUGUUAAGGUAUCACCAGCACCAGGAACUGUUAUAAAUGCCAAUACAGCAGCAGCAUUACUUCAGGCUAGACAGCUCCAGAUUAGGCAGCAACAAGUCCUACAGCAGGUUCAACCACAACAGGUAGUACAGACCGCCCAACAGAAUGUGACAUCACUGUUGGCACAACAACCUAGACCAGCAUUACCUGUGUCGGCUGCUGGUAAUACUAAAUAUGCUGUCACUCCACAAGUUGUCCAACAAGUUGUGAGACAAGCUCUUAUGCAGAACCAGACUCCUGAAAUUCAAGCUAAACUACUUGCUAUGCAACGUUCAAUGGUAACAAAGCCACCCACUCCAACAAUCACAACUAUAUCACAGCCAAUGGACGAUGAUAUGGAUGAGGAUUCAAUGUCUUCAUUUGAUAGUUCUGUUGAGGAAUACAAACCCAAGUUUGGGAAACAACUAGAAGUUUCUAAAGACUCCAGAGAAGAUCAAAUGAGGAAGAUGGUGUGUAAUCAGGCAAUAAGAUCCAUUGUUGAUAAAAUAGAAAGGAAGGAAAAAGAUGCUAUGCGUAAAGUGAAGAAACAAGAAUUGGAGGAUGAAAAACAGAAAAAGAUGUUAGCCGCUAAAUUACAGCAAGCUUUGUUUAAACAUAAGGAGAUUGUGAAGAAAGACAUCCUUAAAAAGAGAGCUCUAAUGGAGAAAAAUCUGCAGGUAGAUAUUCAGCUUGAAGUUGCUGCCGAAUUGAAGAAGAGGCCAGUACAACAGCAGAUUCCAAUUAAACAACUGAAAGUGUCCCAUGGUAUACCUCAGCAGCAGACAAUCCAGUCUCCUCCUACCCAAGAUGUACCCCCAUUACAGCCUCCUCCAUCUAAACGUAAGAAACAGAAGAUUAUAUCUACAGGAGGAGGUAGAGCAUUGAAUCCCAAAGAGAAGUUAUACUGUGUGUGUAGAACACCAUAUGAUGACACUAAGUUUUAUAUUGGAUGUGAUCUGUGUUCAAACUGGUUCCAUGGUGGUUGUGUAGGUAUAUCUGAAGGAAAGGCCAAGUCAGUGGACUCGUAUACCUGUCCUGAUUGUAAACGUCAACAAGAAACUACAACAGAAGAACUGUAUUGCUUAUGUAAAACACCAUAUGACGAAUCACAAUUCUACAUUGGAUGUGAUAGAUGUCAAGACUGGUUCCAUGGUAAAUGUGUUGGAAUAUCAGAGAAAGAAGCUGGCAGUCUGGAUGUUUACCUAUGUCCUAAAUGUAAACAACAGGACAAAGAAGAUCCAAUAUCCAGUAAAGUACUCACAGAUACUGAUUAUGAGCAGCUCAAGAGAUUAGUCAAAAGUUUACAGUCACACAAGAUGGCCUGGCCUUUCUUAGAACCUGUUGAUCCCAAUGAAGUACCUGAUUACUAUACAGUGAUUAAAGAUCCUAUGGAUUUAACAACAGUUGAAAGAAGAAUACAGAACAGGCAUUAUGUGAAGUUGAUAGAAUUCAUUAAGGACAUUACCAAGAUAUUUGACAAUUGUCGUUUAUACAAUACACCUGAUACGCCAUUUUAUCAAUGUGCUGAGGUGUUAGACACUUUCUUUGGACAAAGAAUUAAAGCCUUAAAGGGGCGGUUAGGUAGUAAAUAGUGUGUUCUCUUCAUAUAUGUUAAUAGGCCGUAUCAUUAUUAAGCAAUCAAGUGCUGUCGUAUUGAGAUUAUAUGGCAGUUAUUACUAGAAUGAGCUACUCUUGUUAUACAUAUCAGAUUUCUGGACAGCAAACUUUCAAGUGAUUUUUCUCUUCUUUUUGUUUUUUUGGGGGCUCUUUUUUCAACAAAAACAUUUACAUUUGCAUAAACACUGAGAUAUGUUACCUUUGAUUGAUUUAUUCUGGUUCAUGUUAAAACCACAAAGUUAAGAAACAUAUAAGUAUAUACAGAAAAGUACAAAUAUAUUUCUGAAACUAUGACUUGAAAUGUUUUCAGUGAAAAUUGUUGCUUUUAUAUUUAUUCAAGCUGUGAAUCACAAUUUGACAUGGUAUUGGGGUGUAAACAAAAUACGACAGAAUUUUCAUACUUUUGUAAAAUGUAGUGGUUAUUGUACUACUUUCAAAAAUGCAAUAAAAUUUAUAGGUCAUAGACCUAGUUUUCAAAUUACAGGUUGUGAAAAACUGACACUUUUGUACAGAUUAUAUAGAGAAGAAGUAAUUUUAAGAGAAUAGAGAGAAAACUCAAAAAAUUCUUUUGAGAGUCAAUAAAAAAUAUUGAGAUUCUUCAUAAAAAUAAUUUGUAGACAUAGAGGAUACUGGUACCUGUUUACCUAGAGGCUAAUGUAAUGUUCUUGUUGACUGUGUAACAUAAAAAAAUGUUUGUAAAUUCUCUAAAAAUGACAGGUGCUUUAUUUCUCUAAACUAAAGAGUAAUCAAUUAUUAUUUCGUUGCUUACUUUAAAUUCAGUAUACACUAAUUUAGGUUUUGACGUCGGCUUCAUUUUAGGUUUGCUUGUUUUCAUAUAAACUUUACAAAUAUAAGUAUUGGAUAUAUUAUACUUCUGAAAAGACUUACUUUCAUUGGAAAUGCUUUGAGUUGAAAUAAGUUAUAUUUUAGUAAAAUAUAUUUGUGAGCAAAGUGGAGAAAAAUCCCACAGUAAGGAAGGGAAAUAUGUAAAUGAAAAUGGUCAAAGCAGCAGCAGGGUUUAAAGGGCAGCUACAGUAGGGAACUAUUGAGUGCAUUGUAUUAGAUUGUGUAGUUGAGAUUUCUUUGAUGUUUGACAGCCUUCUUUUUGACCUGAUAUGGGAUGGCUGAGUCCAUAUUUAAAACAUGAAAUUACUGGCUAAGACAUGGGCUGGUAAAAUUCUAACUAAACAAUUCAGACCUUGUUAAGCUGUUGAACCAAAUCAAUGAUAAUAGUUUUAUCUGCUUUACAAUAGAUCUAUUCAGUUUUUGAAAAAGAAACUUCCCAACCUAAGUGAAGGUCUGAAAUUUCAGAUUUUUAAAUGGCCUGCUCUUAGAUUUCCAACUGCGCUAGUAAGUUCAAAAUAGGCUGUCGAACACCAGAACAAUCACAGACUAGAGACUUGUGUUAGUAUCAUGUUGUAACUAUAGCCAUUAAUUUGUACAAAUAACAUUAACUUUUCAUUGCAUGAAUCAAAUGUAUCAUGAGGGGCCAUCUUUUGUUUCUUCCAUGUUGUAAGUCUAUCUACUUAUCAUACAACUAUGACUAUUAUUUUAGUAUAUCUUUGUUCAUUGUACAUAUAACAUACAUAAUGGUGAUGCAUAAACAAUAUACAUGUACAUGUUGUAAAGUUUUUGUUGAUGUAUAAAUAGCUGUUGGUGGGCUCUAUAACAUUUAAAACCUUUAAAAUUUGUUUGUGGAAUAUGACAUAGAUAUUUAUAUUGUAGUUAGAUUGUAGUUUUUAUUAAAUUGACCUUAUGUCCAUCCUGUGUCGCUAUAGCUGCGGAACCGUAGCUCUUAUGUCUUUAUGCCAUUUUUUGACUAAUUGCAUAUAUGGUCUACAAAUAGUCAAAAAAUAGCAUAAGGACCUAAGAGCUACGGUUCCGCAGCUAGUGUUGCUACUGAUGUUUCAUAAAAAUGCUAGCUAAUGAUUAAAAAGGCAUUUGAAAUAAAACUUAAAGAUUGAAAACAUCACAGGCAAAAUGUAAAUUUUUGAAAUCUUCUUUAAAAAAUUUCGAAUAUGAAAUAAUUUUUUCAUCUGUAAAUUACAUGAAUUGCUUUUGGUUAAUUCCAGUCAUGAAGUUUAGUGCUUAAUUGUUGUUUCAUUAUUUUCUUCAGUUCCUAUCAUUUUGAUCACAUCAAUUUUUUUUAUGAACUGCAAUCUUUUUAUUCAUUUUUUAUUCCAUACAUGAUUUCAUCAUUGAUUCAAAUUAAUAAAUAAAUACAUUAUUUGUAAAUUGUCAUUGAAUCAUAUUUUAAUAUAAUAAUUUAUUGUCAUCAUAUCUUAGCAUUUGAUACAUAGUAUUUAUUAUAUGUAAACAAAAUUAAUUUUAAAUGUCUUAGAAGAUCUGAGGUUUAGAAAUUUCUGUAUAAAUGUGUUUAUUCAUUGAAUAAACUUAGAAGACAUGGAACAUUUAGUUUUCAUUUGUCCACAAAAAUAUAGUUAACUUUGUUCUCAUGAUAGUGUAUAGGGAAUAUAACCAUGUACAAUGUUUGUGGAAUCUUGCAUGAUUCUUUGUUCACUCAUUCUGGUUUCAUUUAGUUUUCAUAUGAAAUACCUUUAAUUUGUCAAUAUAACAUUUGUGUAAAUUUUUCAGAUAUUUAACUGAAAGAAAUAAUAGAAGUAAAAAUGCCAUAAUAAACCCUGGUUUGUUUGAAUCACGGUCAACACUAAUUGGUAUUUUAGCCAAUUUUGUUGUGUCAAGAAAUAAUCUUGUGUCAUUUUGUGUCUACUAUGCAGAUUCUUUUUUGUCCAUAAAAUAUCAACAUAU